CUCCAUUCCCCUCCAAGAGCAAAGCCACUGCAGCUUCCAUAUCCCCGGCUCUUCCGCACACACAACUCCUCCACCUCCAUCGGGAGCAAACCGCUCGAGCAACCACCACUCGUUACAGCUACACAUCGAUCUCCCCUCUGCUUCGCCGUUCCGAUGGAGUGCGAGAACGGGCACGUCGCCGCCGCCGCCAACGGCAGCAGCCUGUGCGUGGCUAAGCCGCGUGCCGACCCGCUCAACUGGGGGAAGGCGGCGGAGGAGCUGUCCGGGAGCCAUCUGGACGCGGUGAAGCGCAUGGUGGAGGAGUACCGCAGGCCCGUGGUGACGAUCGAGGGCGCCAGCCUGACCAUCGCGCAGGUCGCGGCGGUGGCCUCCGCCGGCGCCGCCAGGGUGGAGCUCGACGAGUCCGCCCGCGGCCGCGUCAAGGCCAGCAGCGACUGGGUCAUGAACAGCAUGAUGAACGGCACCGACAGCUACGGCGUCACCACCGGCUUCGGCGCCACCUCCCACCGGAGGACCAAGGAGGGCGGCGCGCUCCAGCGAGAGCUUAUCCGGUUUCUUAAUGCCGGGGCGUUCGGCAACGGCGACGACGGCCACGUGCUGCCGGCCGCGGCGACGCGGGCAGCCAUGCUCGUCCGCAUCAACACUCUGCUCCAGGGGUACUCUGGCAUCCGGUUCGAGAUCCUCGAGACGAUCGCCACGCUGCUUAACGCCAACGUGACGCCGUGCUUGCCGCUCCGGGGCACGAUCACCGCGUCCGGCGACCUCGUCCCGCUCUCCUACAUCGCGGGACUCGUCACCGGCCGACCAAACUCUGUGGCGGUGACGCCCGAUGGCAGGAAGGUGGAUGCCGCGGAGGCGUUCAAGAUCGCCGGCAUCCAGCACGGCUUCUUCGAGCUCCAGCCCAAGGAAGGCCUCGCCAUGGUGAACGGCACGGCCGUCGGCUCCGGGCUCGCCUCGAUGGUGCUCUUUGAGGCGAACGUCCUUGGCGUGCUCGCGGAGGUCCUCUCCGCGGUGUUCUGCGAGGUCAUGAACGGCAAGCCGGAGUACACCGACCACCUGACGCACAAGCUUAAGCACCACCCGGGACAGAUUGAGGCAGCCGCCAUUAUGGAGCACAUCUUGGAGGGGAGCUCCUACAUGAUGCUGGCGAAGAAGCUCGGCGAGCUCGACCCGCUGAUGAAGCCCAAGCAAGACAGGUACGCGCUCCGCACGUCGCCGCAAUGGCUCGGCCCCCAGAUUGAGGUCAUCCGUGCCGCCACCAAGUCGAUCGAGCGCGAGAUCAACUCCGUCAACGACAACCCGCUCAUUGACGUCUCCCGUGGCAAGGCGCUCCACGGCGGCAACUUCCAGGGCACACCCAUCGGCGUGUCCAUGGACAACACCAGGCUCGCCAUUGCCGCGAUCGGUAAGCUCAUGUUCGCGCAGUUCUCUGAGCUCGUGAACGAUUUCUACAACAACGGCCUGCCGUCCAACCUGUCCGGUGGGCGCAACCCGAGCUUGGACUACGGCUUCAAGGGUGCCGAGAUCGCCAUGGCAUCGUACUGCUCUGAGCUCCAGUUCUUGGCCAACCCUGUGACCAACCAUGUCCAGAGCGCGGAGCAGCACAACCAAGACGUCAACUCUCUCGGCCUCAUCUCGUCCAGGAAGACGGCCGAGGCCAUCGACGUGCUCAAGCUCAUGUCCUCGACGUUCUUGAUCGCGCUAUGCCAGGCCAUCGACCUGCGCCACCUCGAAGAGAACGUCAGGAGCGCCGUCAAGGGCUGCGUGACGACGGUGGCGAGGAAGACCCUGAGCACCAGCGCCACCGGCGACCUCCACAAGGCCCGGUUCUGCGAGAAGGACCUGCUCCAGGCGAUCGACCGCGAGGCCGUGUUCGCGUACGCGGACGACCCCUGCAGCGCCAACUACCCGCUGAUGCAGAAGAUGCGCGCCGUCCUCAUCGAGCACGCGCUGGCCAACGGCGAGGCGGAGCGCAACGUCGACACCUCGGUGUUCGCCAAGGUCGCGACGUUCGAGGAGGAGCUCCGCGUGGCGCUGCCCAGGGAGGUGGAGGCUGCCCGUGCGGCCGUGGAGAACGGCACCGCCGCAAAGGCGAACAGGAUCACCGAGUGCAGGUCGUACCCGCUCUACCGGUUCGUCCGCGAGGAGCUCGGGACAGAGUACUUGACCGGGGAGAAGACGCGGUCGCCCGGCGAGGAGGUGAACAAGGUGUUCGUCGCCAUGAACCAGGGCAAGCACAUCGACGCACUGCUCGAGUGCCUCAAGGAGUGGAACGGCGAGCCUCUGCCCAUCUGCUGAUUGCUGAACAGAGGACCGACGAGAAGAUAGCAAAAUAUUAGCGUGUUUCAGAAAUUCAGAAGUUCACAGAUGUGCUUAGCUGAUGCUGUAAUAAGUAUGCCUUUUCUUUCAUUUUUUUUUAAGUUCUUGUUUGCAACGUUCUUUGGAAGUUACGAUGCCAUAGCCAAAUUUAGCAAUUUGCAUAGAGGCAGGCAGCUACUAAAACUGCUGUUGAUGUAAGUUAAAGGGUGUAAUUUGUGAUACUUUUCCAUGGUCAAUUCGUGAGAGAACUCCAAACAGUCAGAAGAAGUUCAUCUGUUACUGUCAG